CGAAUUUUAUCGAAAAAAAUAGCAGACGACAUAAAAAGCAGAAGUCAAAUAUUUUCCUAGAGAGAAAAUCAAGACUACUAUAAUUUAUAUUCAAUUGUCAAUAAUAAAAUAAAUAUUAUUUAAAAAAAUAAUGGCUGCAGUGAAAUUUGGGCCACAUUUAAAAGAAUUACGAAUUUUACUUUGUCAAACAUCAAAGUCGAGUCAAGGUGCUAGAGAAUUUAUCGAACAACAAUAUGUGUCUUUAAAAAACAACAAUCCUUAUUUUCCAAUUUUAAUUAGAGAAUGUUCAGCAAUUGAACCCAAAUUAUAUGCUCGUUUUGAAUAUGGAAAAGAAAAAUGUGUAGCAUUAGCAAAUUUAAAAUCAGAUGAUAUUCUCAGUAAAGUUAAGGAAUUUAAUGUUUCUCAAUAAUAGAGAUCAACCAUAAAGUAUAUAAUUUAUUUAGUUUAUUGAAUGCCUGUACAAAAAGUAUGUAAGUUAAAGCAAAAUUAUUAAAUUGUUUUAAACAAAAAUAUAUAAACUUGUAGAAUUUUUAAUUAAAUAGAAAAUUUAAAUUUUAAUUAUA